UGCAUUACCUUGAACAUCGAGCUUCAAGUCGUCGUUGACGCCGACUUUCACCACGGACCAAUAUGAUCUCAAUUUCGCGUACCCGCCUCGACGGCGACUUCGUUCUCGAUAUCAAACCUCAUGGAGCCCAGCGGGCAACGGCGCAGUCAGCGCUCACACUUUCAAUACCCACUUUCGACCACGAGUCUAUGUCUAUCUCACCUCGGCCAGUCUCCAACGGCGCGUCAAUAUCGGAUGGUGAAAUCCAACCGUGGUCUGCUCUAUUUCAGUCUACAAUCUGGACCCCUUGCAAGGAAGCCUUCCCUACCGACGCUGUUUCCUCCCUUCAUUCUCCCAUUGAUUUUGACGACUCCGAGCCCGCGUCAAUGACCCUGGAGUCUGACUCUCGUUCUGCACCUUCGUGGCUGCCAGCAAUCCUGGACCCAACCACGCUCUCCUGCAACUUUGAUUACGCGUGCUUGGAGGGUAUGGACGACGAGCUCCUUCACACUCCUCACCUGGCGUUUGCUACUUCUUGCUGGGAAGCCGUGGCUCCACUGUCCACUAGAACGUCUGGCGCUGGUACCACUCACACCAAUAAAGGGCGAACCUGGGAGUUGGACGCUUCUCCCUACCGAAAUUCAUCAUUAUCGGUGGAGACUUCGACUUCUGACUCCCCUAUCCCUGUCUUCCUAACACCGAGUUUGUGGUCCGACGGUGAAGAAGACUCGGACUCGGACGAAAGCAGCUAUGAUGACUGCUGGACGAUCACGGACGGUGUCCACACCGUUGGAGCGUUCAGUCCCAUGGGCAAAGAAAAGGACAUUUACUACGACGACUUUGACGCCGUGAAGCCGAUUUCACUUGUGGUAGAGUCUCGCUCUCCACGGUCAUUACAUUCCCAUUCAAACUUCAGUGACGAGAAGUCGCGAUCUGUGGGACAAUUCCCGACACCCGUCAUUCGACGGAAAACGAGCAUGUCAGGGCGCCUGGCUGCGUUCUGUGCGAACAUUCCAACCAAAUUGACUCUCGUUAGGCCUGGCGCCCAAGUUUCUGCUUGAUGGACACCCUUCAUACGCAUUGACACUGGGCGGUGUAUCUAAAGAUAAGCUCCAUGCCACUACCACUAUCCCAUCUUUAAUCCCCGUCCACCUCUUCACCUUCACCCCCUUCUCGAAGCCUCUCUUCGCACUCGUAAUUCGUAACUCACCGUGUGAGCCUCGUGUUAUCACGACAGCGGAUACCUACCUUUUAGGCGUCCUUCGUUCUCAUUCCCAUCUCCAUACUUUCCCAUGAGCUGGAGUCAUAAAUGCAUUCUCCCGCCCAUCCUUUUGUGUAGCACAUCGUUCUUGGAACUCUUCCUCCCCUUCCAAUUCCAUUCUGUGUCCGCUCCGCUUGCUUCUCAAAAAAGACAGUGUCGUUUUUCGUUUUCAUUCUCGUCACAACUGUAUCCAAGCACAUACCGUUUCCACCUGGCCCAGCCUGCACUGUAUACUAUCUAGUUAGCUUACUCACCCUCCU